UUUGUUAGACACUCCUUUUACAGAGAUCAGCACCAUUUCAAAGUUACUUGUUGUGGAAGCAGUUGAAACCUGGUAAAAAGGGUUUUGGAGAAUUAGUAAACAUGGAAGGCUUUGAAAAAGACUACCAUUAUUCAGACGUAGCAGAGAUCUCUACCGUGCCAAGUCAGCCCCAAGAAGUGCAGCAAGAUAUAUUGGAGAGUAUAACACGGCGUUUGAGAGACCGGACCCUCCUGAAGAGGAAAAGAGAGGAAGCACAAGAGAAAGAUUCUUUCCAGUGGGUUUGGGGGGGGCAAACUAGCAGUAAGGGACAGCGCAAAGGGAAAACAACUGGACGUGGGAGAAGGAAGGUUCAAAAAACUGAGCCUGAGCCAGAUGUUCAUAUUGAGUUAGCACCUGAAGUGGAACCACAGCCUGAGCCUGAAGUCUUACAGGAGGAGACAGAAAACGGACAGGAGCACUUACAUUAUCAUGAAGAUCCAGGCCUGACAGUUACCAAAGAAGGUAACGAAGAUGCAACCUUUUUAACACAUGAAAGUCAGGAGGCUGGACAUAUUUCUCACAUCAGCAUCCCUUUCCUAACAGAAGACAAGGAGCCAGAACCAGAGGAAGAGGCAAGCCCGGUGUCACUAGCUACAAUUCCACUACCUGAAGCGCUCAGCUUCUCUCAGGAACAUCAGCGUGAGGAACAAAAUAUCUAUACCUAUUUACUUUAAUCUGUACUACAGGGACACAAAGCGUCCUUUAAAAAAUAAAAAUAUUAUUUCUGUU